AUGGUUGCCUAUCGAAUCAGGAUGUGGGCGAAAAAUAAGUCAGCGGUCUAUACCACUGCCCAUGAAGAUGGGGUGUCUGCAAAGAUGGGAACAGCGCAAGAUCGUAAAGAUAUGCGGCGAGUGGGAAGGCAGCAGGAAUUGAAUCGCAAUUUCCGAUUUCUGUCAGUUCUUGGGUUUACGGCGGUGUUGAUGUGUACCUGGGAAGCAGUUCUCUUUGGUGCAUCCAAUGGCUUGAUCAAUGGCGGCAAGGGAGGCAUGAUAUACACUUAUUUAGGAGUUGUCGCCGGUUUCACCUUUGUCAUUCUCUCCAUGGCUGAAAUGGCAUCCAUGGCUCCAACAUCCGGUGGCCAAUAUCACUGGGUAUCCGAAUUUGCACCUCCCAGUUGUCAGUGCAUAUUGAGCUACAUAACCGGCUGGGUCUGCGUGCUUGGAUGGCACACUGGAAUUGCCGGAUGUUGCUAUACAGUCGCCAACAUGAUGGUCGGGGUGGUCGCCAUCAAUUACCCCGAUACCUAUAUCUACGAGCCAUGGCAUGUCACACUGCUGGUCAUUGCAGUGGCGCUGGUUGCGUUGCUGUUCAACACCUUGCUGGCGCAGAAACUGCCCUUGAUCGAGGGGAUCAUCUUGGUUAUCCAUUGCUUUGGAUUCUUUGGCAUUUUGAUUCCUCUUUGGGUGCUUUCGCCGAGACCGACAGCACCGGAAGUUUUUGGAUCCAUCGAAGAUCGAGGCGGCUGGGGAAAUAACGGUCUUGCUUGUCUGGUUGGGUUGGUCGGACCCAUUUAUGCCUUGAUCGGCCCUGACUCAGCCGUCCACAUGUCUGAAGAGAUCCGUGACGCAUCGCGAGUUCUCCCCCUUGGCAUGAUCUGGACGCUUAUCCUCAACGGAUCUACUGGCUUUGUCAUGAUCGUUACACUCGCCUUCUGCGUUGGGGAUAUUGACCAUGUGCUGGAAUCCCAGACAGGUUUUGCAUUCAUCCAAGUCUUCCUCAACUCGACAGGAUCCGUCAGAGCUGCUACUGGGAUGACAGUGGUCAUCAUGGCCAUGCAGUUCUGCGCAGCCAUCAGCAACGUUGCCACCACAUCUCGCCAGGUCUAUGCUUUUGCACGAGACAAGGGGCUUCCAUUCUCGGAUUUUCUGUCAAAGGUCAACCCGACUUUCACCGUCCCCCUGAACGCGUUAUGCGUGAGCUUGGUCAUUGUCUCCCUUCUCUCCCUGAUUAAUAUUGGAUCGUCCGUGGCCUUCAAUGCCAUCAUGUCUCUAGGCACGGCGGCUCUCCUUUCCUCAUACAUCAUCUCCAUCACCUGCGUUCGCCUGCGUCGCUGGCGCCACCAGCCUCUACCUCCCGCCCGCUGGAGCAUGGGGAGAUUUACUCCCUUUGUCGACACCGUCUCCAUUCUGGUUCUGAUCAUCAUCUGGGUCUUUAGCUUCUUCCCUCUAACCGAGAAGGUCAAUCCAACCACAAUGAAUUGGAGCGUGGUAAUAUUCGGAGGCGUCAUUCUAGUCUCUCUGGUGUAUUACCAAUUACAUGCGAAAAAGGUAUAUAAAGGGCCGGUGACAAGAGUGAAUGUGAUGGCCGAAUGA